UAUAUCAGUGUUUACAAGAAUCAGGAGUCAUAAAAUGGAGGCAUGAGGUGUGGGUGGGAUUGAGAGGUGGGUCUACCUGUCUCAUAACAGACUGGUUGAACUCUGUUUCUGCCAUCAUCUACCAAAAUGUUCAAGUCAAAGCAGGCAAACUCGGAAAGAUACAAUACAUUUACAAUGCUGCUUGUACCUGUUUUAUUUUGCUUUGCAUCUUUCUCGAAGGUUGUCUCAGGGGCAGAUUGGUGCUACCAGUCCCAAGUUACAUGCAAUCACACCUGCACAGGUCCAGAAGAAUGGGGAGUGGUUUCACAGUACUGCAGUGGCAGAUCUCAGUCUCCAGUGAACAUUGUUACAAGGAGAGUACUACCAGAUGAACGGCUCACUCCUUUUCACUUCACUGGCUAUCAAGAGGUUUUUCAUGGUCGCCUCAUCAACAACGGACACACGGUUCAACUGGAUUUACCCUCUAGUAUAAGGAUCGAAGAAGGAAAUCUGGUUACAUCUUACAAGGCAGUUCAACUUCACCUGCAUUGGGGCAAAGAUGGAGGGCCGGGCUCUGAACACACCAUUGAUGGAGAGCAAUUUCCAAUGGAGAUGCAUAUUGUCCACAUAAAAGAAGAACACAACAAUUUAUCCCAGGCUGUAGAAGACCGCACAGGGGUGGCAGUUCUUGGAUUUUUAUUUGAGGAGUCCAAGUCUGCAAAUAAGAAAUUUGAUCCCCUUAUUAAUGCUCUGAAUAACAUCACACAACCCACCAACAGCACGACACUGACGGGUGUGUCCCUGGAAAUGUUAAUACCUCCUCAAAAAAAUAUGACCAAGUACUUCCGUUAUGAUGGCUCUCUCACUACACCUGACUGUGAUGAAGCUGUCGUCUGGAGCCUGUUCGAAAACACAGUUCCUCUGAGCAGGAACCAGCUCGCUGCGUUCUCCAAGCUGCAGUUUUCCAAUGGAAAGCAGAUGGUAGGAACCUACAGACCAGUGCAGCCCUUGAACACACGGCAGGUGUAUUACUCUGGAGGUCAUGUUGCUUUGGCUAGCGCUUUGUUACUCAUCAUGUUAGUGCUGGUGUCCACUGCCCUUUCCUUGUCUCCCUCCACCUAACAUUUAUUAAUAAAUAACGCUGUCUACAUGUCCACUGAUGAUGUCCAAUAUGAAAUGUUAUGUACUGCAUAUUUAACAUUGUGUGAAUCUACUGUAUGCACUGUGUGCGGUUGUAAAGACAACCUAAUACUUCAAAGCAUGCGUCAUAAUUAAUUUCUAUCUUUGUUUUGUGUAUCAAAUGUGAGUUGUUGUACAUUUAGCAUCUUGACACCUCAUACUUUGUCAAAUUAUUUUGCAACAAACUGCACUGAAGUUGACUGAAAAUACUGAUGAAUCAUUUUCACUUUUGUUUGCACAGUUACAGAACGUUUUAGUGACUAAUAGCACAUGAUGUUACCUGAUGUGAUACGUUAUCACAAUACACGCGAUUGUAAUCCUGAAGUGCUUCCUUCCCGUCUGCAGAUAUUUGAACUCUGAACGUUCUUUUCUCACAGUGUCCAGUGAAUCAUCUAAAUGAUGUUGCUUGUUUAAAAGGUUCAGACUUUGGUACAUGAUGUUUUAUCUCAGCUGUUCGUAAAACAUGAUGUAAUAGCAUAAGUGUAAUUGCUACUGUGGAGAAAUUAAAUGUGGCAUUUUUAAGAUUUUUGCUGUCUUCAUUUACACAAAUUAUAACAUGGUGUUGUAAUAAAAGUUGCACAUGCACAUAUUUUCUUCCAAUCUAGGUUACUGUAUUGCACUUUACAUUAGUAACAGUCAGAGCGUCACUUCCUCUAACAUCCUCU